UACUUUAUUAAUAAUUAUUAAUAAUUAUGAGUACUAUACAGCUAUACUACUAGUUUCAGCUUACUUCCAUUCUUCUUCUUCUUCUUCCUUCCUCACUUUCUCUCUCCUCACUUUCUAUUUCUCUCUUCCCUCCAAUGUCGCUCCUUUUCAGAGACAGGAGUUCACUCGGAGAUUCCAAACGAGAAACCACCCCUCCACCACCACAACAACAACCACAACCACCAUCACUACCACCUUCAUCUUCUCUCUCCUCUCCUUUCUCCACCGACCUCACUCCUUCUCUCUCUCUCCUCGACCUCCGCGCUUCCGCCUACGAAAUCUUCGUCGCCGCUUGCCGCACUUCCUCCGGCAAAUCUCUCUCCUCCUCCUCCUCAUCAUCUUCACCCUCUCCAUCUCCCUCAUCCGCCGCAAACUCCGCCGCAAAUGGUGCUGCAAAUGGGGGCGGGAAUUCCGGGGGGUUACAACGGUCGAUUACGUCGACGGCUGCGAGUAGAAUGAAGAAGGCGUUAGGAGGGUUGAGAUCGUCUGGGUCUUCGAGUUUAGGGUUGAGAAAGAGUAGUAAUGGUAGUAGUAGUAAUGGUGGUACUUCUGUUGCUGAGAGUAGUCCUAAGUCAAAACCCUUGACUGUUGGUGAGCUUAUGAGAGUUCAGAUGAGAGUUUCUGAAACUGUUGAUUCUAGAAUUCGGAGAGCUUUUCUUAGGAUCGCUGCUUCUCAGCUUGGAAAACGUAUUGAUAACUUGGUUUUGCCGCUUGAGCUGCUACAACAGCUGAAGUCAUCAGAUUUCACUGAUCAACAAGAAUAUGAUGCAUGGCAAAAACGAAAUUUGAGGGUUCUUGAAGCUGGUCUUAUCUUACAUCCUUACCAGCCAAUCGGUAAAGCCGAUGCUGCUGCCCAACGGUUGCAAAAGAUAAUUCGUGGAGCUUUGGAGAGGCCUAUAGAGACCGGGAAAAAUAACGAAUCUAUGCAAGUUCUUCGUAGUGCUGUAGUGGCAGUGGCUUGCAGAGCCGCUGAUGGAUUGUCUGAUUCUUGUCAUUGGGCUGAUGGGUUUCCUCUCAAUCUCUGUCUCUAUGAGAUGUUGCUAGAAGCAUGCUUUGAUAUUAAUGAUGAUGCAUCAAUUAUCGAAGAGGUCGAUGAACUUAUGGACCUGAUCAAGAAAACUUGGCCUAUUCUUGGCAUUAACCAGAUGUUGCAUAACCUCUGUUUUACAUGGGUUCUCUUUAAUCGUUUUGUUGCUACUGGUCAAGUUGAAACCGAACUCCUAUCUGCCGUAGAUGGUCAGCUAGAUGAAGUAGCAAAGGAUGCAAAGACGACAAAAGAUUCAGUAUACUCCAAGUUUUUGAGUGCGACACUUACUUCAAUUUUGAGUUGGGUAGAAAGAAGAUUGCUUGCAUAUCAUGACACAUUUGAUAACGUAAAUAUCAAUACUAUGCCUAAUAUAGUCUCGGUUGGGAUAUCAGCAGCAAAAAUAUUGGUUGAAGAUAUAUCCCAUGAAUAUCGUAGGAAGAGAAAAGGGGAAGUUGAUGUGGCUCGUAGCAGAAUUGAUACAUACAUCCGAUCAUCGCUUCGAACUGCAUUUGCUCAGAUGAUGGAGAAGGCAGAUUCAAGCCGGAGAGCAUCCAAGAAUCAACCUAACCCUCUUCCUGUUCUAGCGAUUCUGGCUAAGGAUGUUGGCGAGCUUGCUGCUCAUGAGAAGAAAGUAUUUAGUCCAAUAUUAAAGAGAUGGCAUCCUUUGGCUGCUGGUGUGGCUGUCGCCACCCUCCAUGCUUGCUAUGGCAAUGAAUUGAAGCAGUUCAUUUCCAGCAUAUCAGAGUUGACACCAGAUGCUGUGCAAAUAUUGAGAGCAGCGGACAAGUUGGAGCAAGAUCUUGUUCUGACAGCAGUUGAAGAUUCAGUAGAUAGUGAUGAUGGUGGCAAGGCAAUUAUCCGUGAGAUGCCUCCAUAUGAGGCUCAAGCUGCCAUAGCCAAUUUAGUCAAAGUGUGGAUGAAGAUGAGACUGGACAGAAUGAAGGAAGGGGUUGACAGAAGCAUACAACAAGAGGUUUGGAAUCCACGUGCUAGUCAAGAGGGACUUGCGCCAUCGGCUAUUGAGGUUCUUCGGAUCAUCGAUGAGAUUUUGGAUGCAUUUUUUCAGCUACCAAUCCCAAUGCAUCCACCACUGCUUCCGGACUUGGUAUCUGGCCUUGACCGAUGCUUACAGUACUAUGUAAGCAAAGCCAAAUCUGGCUGUGGAUCAAAGAAUACACAUCUGCCAACUAUGCCAGCAUUGACCAGAUGUCCAAUAGGGACUAAAUUAGGUGUAUUUAAGAAAAAAGAUAAACCAUUAAAUUCUCAGAGAAAGAGUUCUCAAGUUGCCGUGAAUGGGGAUGCUGCUUCCGGAGUACCACAGCUUUGUGUGCGGAUAAACACCUUGCAAAGGAUCCGGACAGAAUUGGAAGUUGUGGAGAAAAGAAUAAUUACCCAUUUGAGAAAUUGUGAGUCUGCUCGUGAAGAAGACUUUUCCAAUGGCUCAGGGAAGAAGUUUGAGUCAACGCCAGUAGCAUGCGUAGAGGCGGUUCAUCAACUUUCUGAGGCUGUAGCUUACAAACUUGUUUUCCAUGACCUAAGCCAUGUCCUGUGGGAUAAUUUGUAUGUUGGAGAUGCAUCAUCUUCAAGAAUUGAACCUUUCCUGCAAGAGCUGGAGCAGAACUUAUUGAUUAUAUCAGACACAGUGAAUGAAAGAAUUCGCACACGUAUCAUUACCGACAUCAUGAAAGCUUCAUGUGAUGGGUUUUUGUUGGUUUUGCUUGCCGGUGGACCCUAUCGUGCCUUUUCCCAACAGGAUUCACAGAUCAUAGAGGAUGAUUUCAAAGCUCUUAAAGACCUUUUCUGGGCCAAUGGUGAUGGAUUGCCUGCUGAUGUGAUUAAUAAACUGUCGUCUACAGCAAGAGAAGUCCUUCCUCUCUAUCGGACUGAUACAGAAUCUCUCAUUGAUCGUUUCAGACGGGUGACAAUUGAAACUUAUGGCUCUUCUGCCAAAUCCACUAGGUUUGGGUUUCCAUUACCUCCUACUUCAGGCCAUUGGAACCCUACUGAACCUAACACAUUACUGCGCAUCCUGUGUCACAGGAAUGAUGAUUCCGCUUCAAAGUUCCUUAAAAGGACUUAUAAUCUGCCUAAGAAACUGUAGUUAAUGAUGUUUGCUGUAAUUUGGUUCUGGUACUGGUUAGCGAGCAGCAAUUGCCUUGAAAAGUUUUGUACAUCACUAAACUAAACUUUGGUUAAACACCAGUGUGAAGUUGGGCAUUCAGUAAAAAAGAAAAAGAAGCUUAGAUCAUAUGGAGAUGAAGACCAAAUAACCUUCGAAGCUUCUGCCGGAUAGUAUCUAAGCAGUGGCGGAUGAUCGUUACAUGUAUGUGGAUUGUAGCAAUGGUGUAUUUUGGCUCAGUUUGAAAGCUUUUGCAGCAUUGAUUUGCGAGUUAUGUGCUCUGCACUAUGUUUAUUGUUCCCCUCGGUCCAGAUGUUCCGAUACUUCUAGUACGUAGUGCAAGCGCAGGAGGUUUGAUAGUCAAUCUACUAGUGUUCAUACUGCUAUUUGUAUGUAUUAUAUCCAUCUCUCAUUUAUUAUGUAAUGUAAUUGAAACCAUAAUUCUUUAAUCAAAGAUAUUCAUUAUUGUUUGUUGA